AUGGUGCACAACUUAGACCUUUGCUACUCCCGGUGUCUGCAGGGAUAUGGAGCUGGUGCCUACCUUGGUGCAGGACUGGGAGCAGGUGCCGGAGUCACGCCAGGAGCUCUUGGAAAAGGACCUAAACCAGGCUAUGGCGCUGCUCUGGGAUACCCGGCCGCUGGCAUUCAACCAGGCUACGGUGCUGGAGCAGGACUCCCAACAGGCUUAGGAGCAAAAGCUGGAAAACAAGCAGGCUAUGGGGCAGGUCUUGGGGCUGGUGGCUACCCAGGUAUGGGUCUGGGUGCAGGACUUGGUGCCGGCUAUGGGGCAGGGCAAGCUGGCAAAGUCAAACCUGGAGGUUAUGGAGGUGUCCAAGGGGCCUACGCUGGCGCUGGUCUUCCCAAUAGUUACAGCGCAGGUCAGGCAGGAGUUCCACAGGCUGGUAAAGUCAAACCCUCUGGGCUUGGCAAUGGAUACGGAGCUGGAGUUCAGUCAUUGUAUGGAAAUGGUUAUCCUAGCACCCUGGCUGAAGGAGCUGGCCUUGGUGCAAAGGCUGGCAAAGGAGCAGGUGGAGUGUAUGGGAAUGAAGGAGGAGCCGCCCUUGGUGCUGAAGCAGCCGCUGCCAAGUAUGGUGGAUCAGAUGUCUAUGGAGGUCAGCCAUUGGUUCCUGCUGCCUUGGGUCUUGGUGCUGAUGGCAAAGCUGGUAAAUAUGAUGGAGCUGGGCAGUUGCCUUAUGGUGGUCUGCCUCUCUUGUCUGCCAACCUGAAAGAAGAUGAAAACAAAGGAAAGUAUGGUGCUGGCCAGCUGCCCUAUGGUGGCCAGCCUGUUGUGCCCGCUGGUCUUGGAGCUGAGGCCAGCCUGGGACCCUAUGGUGCAGCCCAGCCUCCUUUUGACACACAGCCGUUUCUCCCUGGUGGCUUUGGAGCAGAGCCUUCAGCUGCAAAAUAUGGUGGUGCUGGACAGCUUCCUUAUGGAGCCCCUGUGAUCCCAUCAGGCCUUGAUGGUGCUGGCCAACUGCCUUAUGCAGCACAAGCUGCUGGGCUAGGAGCCGAAGGGAAGUCUGCUGGAAAGUAUGACAACGCCGGAUUGGGAUACAUGAAUGGUGGAGCACAGCCAGCAGGAUACAAUGGGCAGUUAGGAGGUGCACUGGGACCCAGUCCAUAUGGAGGAAAAGAGGUGAAAUAUGGACUUAACAGCUUCCUUGGCAAUGGAUACCGGGGUUGACCACAUUUCCACUAGUCUUCGUUCACUUUCUUUUCUUCUUUUUUAAUUUGUUUUGUUGAACCACCCGUUUGUUAACAUUUUGCCACUUCUGUUUUCCUGCUGGGGUGAUGAGAAGCAGAUCCCAUUUUCUUUUUUUU